AUGAAAAUCCAAAAAUCAACAAAAACUUAUUGGUAUACGAUUUUGACAAAUUGUGUUAAUAAUGGCAACUCUUUGCCCGAUAAAUGUUCAUUAAAUAGAUUAUUAGAUAAUUUGUUUGAAUCUCUUACUCCCGAUGACUAUUCUGUUGUCAAUCGAUCACAAAUUUAUCAAAGAGUUGGACACAUCAAUCAAACUAUUGAUCGGUUCAAUCGUAUGUCGGGUUUUGCCAAAAAUGUCAGCAAAAUAUAUGAACCGAUUGUCAACCGAUUGACAGCUCGUUUCAGUGAACUAUUGAUGGAAAUUGAUUUACCAAAUGAUUGCUUAUCUUCGUUAAUAAAGUUAGGAUCGGCUGUGAAAGACAGGAAAAAAUGGGCACUAAAUUUCUUACAGACAUUACCGGCACCUAUGUCUGGUCUAAAUCAGGGAAACACACCAUCAAUUGGAUACGAUGAAUGCCUAAGCUUAGAAAGCACUCACGAUUCGAGUGGACAGCAUAUUAGRGGACAAUACUGUUGGGUCGGUAUUGUCAACAUAGAAGCCAAAGGCGAUACAUAUGAACAGCUAAACAAAGAGAUUAAUAUUAUUAAAUAUAAUGAGAAACUUAAAGAAAUACAUCACAACUCUUCCACCGAUGACUUCAAUCAAACAAUGCGAAUGAAAGAGUUUCAAAUUACACGAGAAAUAAUCGCCGAUUUUAUAGCACUAUUGUCUUACGGAAAGACAUUUGAAGGCCAUUUACCGAUCGGUAUUUGUUUGCCCAACACAUGUAAAAUACAAGAUAUUGAAUACGCUAUGAAUAAAGUUAUGCAACCGAUAACACAUAUGCCGGUCGUAUUUUCACCUGAAUGUGAUUCAGUGGACAAACCUAUUAAACUGGAUGUUCAUCAAUGGAUUGCAAUGUAA